CUGCCGCUCAGAUAAUGUUGAGGGAAACAUGACGCGUGUUCCUCAAAUUCUCCGCAGAAACGUUUCAUUUGGUGAGGUAAUCAAACCCAAAUGGGUUUUAGAACCGCCAAAUUAUACCCGUACUCCAUUAUGGAGGCAAUUUUUUGAAACUCAAUUUUCCAGCAGAAAUUUCUUUAUUUUUGGUAGUACAUGGGCGGCAAUUACAUCAUUUGGAUUCUUAAUGUGGUAUUCUAGAGUAUUCGAUCCUCCUCCAUUGGAAAGAUUGGACAAAUAUUGGUUGAAUUCACCAAAAUUUCGAAUUUUAUCUGCUUUCUACAAUCAGGGGAAAAGACCUGGUGCUAAGAUUUCCCUGAUGACGUAUGAAGUGCGUUACUUUGAUAGAGGCCAUGAUCAUCCAUUUACCAUUAACGAAGUUAAGGACUUCUUAUUCAAGGUAAAGGAGAACUAUUUGAUUGAGAAUCAUCCGGGUGUUCAAUAUCCUCACGUCUUCAGACAGCAUAGUAAUGUCAAGACACCCGCAACCCUGCAUGUUAAUCUACACUAGUUGCACGGUAUUGUACCAUGCUUUUCUCAAACCUAUAGAAAUUACUUUCUAUG